CCGGUAAUAGCAAUUACCCAAAUGGUGGCUGAUGAGCAAAUUAAUAAAUCAUUAUAAUUAACGAUGUCAUCCGAUAGAACUGUAUCAGCAAUCACUUGAGCUACUUUAUAUUUUGAUGAGCAACAAGCAAAAGGACUAGAAUUGAUUGCAAUAUUUUACAAAAUAAUUAACGGUGCACGUUUAUAAAAUAAUUCUUCCAAAUUUGCACACUCAAUUUGAAAGUAUUCAGUAUUCAGCAUUCAAAAUUCAAGAAUUAUUUGUGAAGCAGCUUUUGGAAUUGAUAGCUAGCAUAAAUGAAGAAUUCUGAAAGGAAACAAUAUUCAGAAACACCCUGUUUACGGAGGAGCAAUGUAGAAGAUCAUAUGUUUCAAGUUGAAAGUGAAUGGUUAAAAAGCAACCAGUGUAGUUCCACAUUAUGCACAGACAUCGCCAAAUGUGGAGAUCAUCAAAAAACUUGCAUACAUUCCCGUUAAAUUGAAUGCAUAUCGAAACGCACCACGCCGAAAGGGAUGGUAACAUGAGCAACACACUUUUCCACGCACACGGAUGGAAGUCAGAUUGUGCUCGUGUUGGUAGGACAGCCAGACAAAGGCAAAACUGGCAUUCACACGCCAGCGACUGGGCGACUUUAGGGUCGAGACUCUUUAUAUUUACACUUUUCUUCCCCCAUUUUACCCAACCACCGACACCAAGAAGUAGUAUGUGUGUGAUGGUGUAUGGGAAGUUGAUGUUCCGCUUUGACGAUGCACGAACAGAGCGACGGUGGUAUCGGUUUUGUGCCACUUUUCCAGUGGACAAACCGGGCGGUGGUACACACACUCUCUUUCCUCCUGCAGUUCGCAAACUGCCGAUGCCGGCGGUUAAUUGUGUCGUUGCAAUCGCUUGGCUGCUAUUAUUAGCCCCCGCAAGAGACAGAGAGAGAGCAAGUGAAUGUGACCGAAAGACAUUCGGUCACAGUGUGGAAGGGCCAAUCGGCUGCUUGAAGUGAUUGUUUCGCUUCGGUUUGCGUUGGAAGACGUGCAGAGUGCAACUUGUUGCCUAAGAAAUUAUUCUUUUCGAUUUAUCUUUUCCAACCCACGACGACGACCGACCCACCUAUGAGAGGGGAGGCCGACAAGCUAAAGCACAAGGCCAAGAACUUCCUUCGCACGCUGGGCGCAUGCGGAGCCGGUAGUGCAACGCCGAGCCACGCCAAAAGGAUGGACGCGCAGACGAAGCAGAACCUGCUGGAGCGGCGCAAGGCACGCUCGCUGCUGAAAACGGUCAUCAACGUGGGGCACAAGUUUCUCGUCCUGCUCGUCCGAUGGUUGUCGCGCACGAUCUACGGCGAGCACGGCAAGCGGAUGCCACCGAUCACCAACCUCAUACUGAUGGAGUCGGCCACCUCGCUCGCGACCAAAAUUCGCACACGCAAGCUUACAAGCGUGGAAGUAACGCAAGCCUUCAUUGACCGGUGCCGGGAGGUGAACCCGCUGCUCAACUGUGUCGUGGACGAGCGGUUCGAGGCGGCCCUGAAGGAUGCCGAGCGGGCCGACAAGCUGAUCGCUUCCGGCACGAUGACCGUCGAGCAGCUGGAGCGCGAAAAACCGUUCCUCGGCGUACCGAUCUCGACCAAGGACUGCAUACGGGUGGAAGGUCUGCUGCACACGUCCGGCAUCUGGAACCGGCGGAACAUACGCGGCGACAAGGACGCGCGGGCAAUGGAGCUGAUGCGGCGUGCCGGUGCCAUACCCUUUGCUCUCACGAACGUGUCCGAGUGUUGCAUGUGGUGGGAAAGCGUCAACACCAUUCACGGCCGCUCGCGAAACCCUUACGAUGCGAAUCGUAUCGUCGGUGGAUCGAGCGGUGGCGAGGGAUGCAUACAGGCGGCGGCCGCUUCUCCGUUCGGGCUCGGGUCCGACAUCGGUGGUUCGAUACGCAUGCCCGCCUUCUUCAACGGCAUCUUUGGCCAUAAGCCGACCAAGUUUGUCGUCUCGAACGAGGGCCAGUACCCGGUGGCGCUGUCGGAGGAGCAAAACUCAUUCCUAGGCAUCGGUCCAAUGUGUCGCUACGCAACCGAUUUGAAGCCGAUGCUGCGCAUCAUUGCGGACGAGAACGCACCGAAGCUGCGCCUGGACGAGCCGGUCGAUCUGAAGCAGGUGAAGUUCUUCUACCAAAUCAACGACGGUGGCGCCCACCUGGUCUCGCCCGUCGAUCUGGACAUACGGGACGCAAUGGAGAAGGUGAUGGCACACUUCCGCGCGACGGUCAAGGCGGAGGUGAAGAAGGUGUACCUGGACAAGCUGCGCAAGUCGGCCCCGAUGUGGCUGGCGAACAUGAAAACCCCGUCCAAGGUGGGCUUCGACUCGCAGCUCGCCAAUCUCGAGGGCGCCAUCAAUCCCUGGCUCGAGCUGGCCAAGUGGCCGCUGCGCAUGUCGAACCACACGCUGAUCGGCAUACUGACCGCGCUGACCGAGCGGGGAGGGGUCAAGUACGGCUCGGCCGAGUACCACCACUACGUGCAGCAGAAGCAGGAGCUGGUGAGCGAGUUCCGCGACAUGCUCGGCGAGAAUGGGGUGUUUAUCUAUCCGACCCACCCGACGGUAGCGCCGUACCACAACGAGCCGCUGAUCCGGGCGCUUAACUUUAGCUACACCGCCAUCAUUAACGUGCUGGGGCUGCCGGCCACGGCCGUACCGCUCGGGCUGGGCCGCGAGGGGCUGCCGGUGGGGCUGCAGGUGGUGGCGGGCGUCAACCAGGACCGGCUGUGUUUGGCGGUCGCCUGCGAACUGGAACGUGCCUUCGGCGGGUGGGUAGCGCCGGAGGUGAAAGCGUAGACUGUGUAUUUCUUUACAUACUUAAGGAAAUCUAUUGCAAUUUAAACAUACAAAACAAAA